AUGGAAAUCUUCGAUGACAAGGAUAAGGCUGAACACUUCUCUCAGUUCUUCCGGUCCGUCGUGACAAGUGAGCCAGAUUUUUUCUCUACCAUUUGUGAAGACGAAAAAACGCCUACCCUUGAAGUCGUAUUCUUCACCGAAGCAAUUGUUCGGAAUGAGUCACUUAAUCUGAAAGAAUCGAUCUCCCCAGGCCAUGAUGCAAUCCCCGCCAAACUGCCGAGGGAGCUAGCUCCCGAAAUUUCCGAGUCAUUAGCCUUGAUCUUCCAAACGUCAUUUCUUACUGGACACCUGUCCUCUGAUUGGAAGUCCGCUACCAUCACUCCGCUUUUUAAGAGCGGAAGUCGUGCGUCUGCGAAUAACUACAGGCCAGUGAGUCUUACCUCCAUCUGUUGCAAAAUCAUGGAGAAGAUCAUUGAGAAGGCUUUGAUGCAGUUUCUCGUGCAGCACCACCUCCUCUCGGGUGCACAACACGGCUUUCGAAGUGGUAGGUCCUGCCUCACGAAUGUGCUCUUUACGCUCGAACGCUGGACCAAAGCACGCGAUGAAGGUAGUGUGGUGCACGCCAUCUACAUCGACUUCAAAAAGGCCUUUGACAGCGUUCCCCACCAACGUCUCUUGCACAAACUGCGCAACGCUGGAAUUCGUGGACGCCUUCUUGUAUGGAUCCAGAGCUUUUUGGCUGGACGGUCCCAAAGAGUGCAGGUCGGGCGUCAGCAGUCCUCAGAGGUAAGCGUGGUGAGUGGCGUCCCACAGGGCUCAUUCUUACGUCCCACGUUAUUUCUUGUCUUCAUAAAUGACUGCGUCAAGGACUUAGACUGUGAUACCAUCCUGUUUGCCGACGACAUUAAAUUGUGGAAAGUUUUUCACAAUGCGGCAGACGCAGACCGCCUGCAAGCAAACCUGAACAGACUUGAAGACUGGUCAAAGCGCUGGCUUAUGCCCUUCAAUAUAAACAAGUGCAAAUUUCUUCACCUAAGCAGCUUUAGAGCCGCCAGCCCCAGGACUUACUUUCUAGACGGCACACCACUGCAAAAGGUUGAUAGUCAGAAGGACUUGGGUGUAUGGAUUACAUCUUCACUCAAACCAACACUGCACUGCGCGAAGGCGGCUAAAUCGGCUAUGGCUACACUGCAACUCAUUAAGCGGGCAUUUAUGGGAUUUGACUCAGACAGCUUUUCAAAAAUAUUUGGCACCUACGUGAGGCCUCAUCUAGAAUACGCCAUACAGGCGUGGAGGCCCUGGACUGUCCAGAGACGGGCGCCCAAAAUGACACAAGGUCUGGGUGCGCUGUCUUACGAAUCCCGACUGUCAACUCUCAACCUGUUUCCACUUUCCUACAGGCAAUUACGUGGUGACCUUAUACUUGCAUUUCGCAUUAUCAACGGCCUAGACUGUUGUUUAGAUCCCACUGAUUAUUUCACACAAGCUAACAUGCCCACUUUGCGCGGUCAUCCCCUAAAACUACGCGCCGGGAAAGCAAGGAUCAACCGAAGAAAGUUAUGUUUUCAGUCACAGGGCGGUUGCAGCGUGGAAUGCCCUGCCCAUCGAUGUUGCAACCUCCUCCUGUGUGAAUUCCUUUAUGUUUAG